AAAAAACAAAAAAAAACCAUCAAUAUGCAAAGUAUGCAAAGACUAUUACAAUUUCAUAACAUUCAAUUAAAAUCAUAAAUUUAAUACCUAUUAUUUGCAAGUAUAAAACAAGAUAUAACCAUAAUUUAAUACAAUUGAAAUACAGUUUCAAACACACAGGCUUGAAAUACAACAUUCGACUCUCAUUAUGAAAGUUUCGCUCCUUAUUUGGAUUAAAUCAAAACAUAUUAUGUUUAAUAAAAGAGUGUUUUUGAAUAAUUAAUUCAACAUUAAUAAAAUAUAAUCUCAGAGAAUACUGCAUCUCUGUGACUCUUGUUUCGUCCCUCUUGCAUUGUUGACUCUUUCGUUGAUUCUUGCAUUCCAAGUUAUGAACCAGACACAGCUACUGUUCAUUCUUUCUUUUCAAUAUUCUUCGUUGUAUAUUAUAGGAUUUUAUAAUAAUUCUAUUCAAUCUGUGCUUCAUUGUAAAAAAAGAAUAAAAAAUAGAUAUAUAUUUCAAUCGUGAUUUUGACUUGGAUUUGUAUGUAAUUUUUGAUAUUUUAUUGUGAUGUGUUGUCUCUAUGAUUGUAGAGUACCGUAUUAUCAUAGAGAAACAAUAGCGUAAGCGCUAUAUUUCUCUAUGGUAUUAUUGACUAUGAAUAUCUUGUAUUUUGACGUGGCCGAUACAAAAUGUACAGUAUAGUGUUCAUUGAGUGUGGCAAUAAAUAAAUAUAUUCAAAUAUUAACAUUUUAAUAUUACGUAACAAUAAUUUUAGUUGUGCUGGAUGACUGAUCCAACUUAAUUCAUUUUUGUAAGGAUACAUCAAAUUACAUGAUAUAGUCUGAACAUAUAAGUAAGUUACACUUAGGUAUACACCGCGUAUGUGAAUGAUAUCCUGUCUGCUUGGAAAUUUACUUCAUUAUGAACGAGUACCAAUUUGUCAAUUUUUAUUCAUUAAUUCCAAACUACGUAUGAUAUGGUAGUAUUAAUAAAGUAUGUAAACAAUUAUGUCAAUGAGUAACUUCUCUAUUUGCUGACAAGUUCCAAUUCUAAAACUUAUUGAUUCUCUUAUGUGUUCAUAAUUCACUAAUUAAUUGAUACUGCGGUGUUUAAACGAUAAUUCACAUGACAUCAGUUGUCGAGAAUUAUUGAACUCAAUUUAAUCGUUACCGGUUUGAACUAUUGAUAAGUUAUCCAUACUGAAUACUUCGAUCAGUAUGUAUCAUUCUUUUCUUAGAACGCCUAUAACGACUUACAUCUUCUCUAUAAUAUUAUUAUAUAGUUCAUUCGUUUAUUAUAUUAUAUGAAAUAUAAUGAGUUUGAUAUUAACAGUGUUAUGCACCAUCAUAUUAAUACUGUUUGUUAUUAUAGAAGGGAUAGCUGCUAUGAAUUUUAUGGCAUUGCUUGGUAAGUCGACCUCUUCUACAAAAACAAUCGACUCUGAGGAAUUUAACGGCGAAAUUGAUUACAAACUUCCAAAAAAUUUUCUAUUUGGAGAGAAAAUCUCUUUCAACAAGUUCGCAACAACUUUUCGAGUUGGCAGAGCUUGGAAGAAAUCUAUAGGAAGUAAAGGAGAUACGGCAAAAUGCACACGACUCAUGGGGAACCAAUACAAAGAUGAAUUCCGAACUGGAAUAGCAUUAUUAUGCUCUGAUAAACUUAUUGAACUGAAAAAUGAAGAGUUCUACAAUUAUUUUGUAUUAACUGACAGAGAAGUUUGGAAAUGUGUCAAUAAGGAUGGGGUUUCACCUUCCUUCAGUUUCUAUAGAGUUGUCAAUGUAAUGCAAGGUAACUAUGGAAUCUAUAAACUUUACUACUUUGAUGGGAUAGAAGUGGUGCGAAAAUUCAACUUGCCGGCUUUGGAUUCAGCCGUACUACACACACCAGUGACUGCUGUUUUGAGAGAAGUCAAGUAUUUGCAAUUGAACGAUUUAAAACAACUGAAAUAUGAAGGAAGCAUGGAAUAUUAUUUUCCUAAUGAUGGUCCCACAAAUCACAAGUUGAGUAUGUUCGAAACUGUCUUCUUGAAUGAAGAACAUAACGUUCAUUUGCCAAAUGAGAAGUGGAGCUACUACUAUAUAGAUAUUGCAGAAUGGCUUGAGAAACAAGAUUUCCGUGUCUCAGAGAUUGGAACCAAUGGAGGUGUCCUAAGAAUAGGUCAAACUUGGUAUGAUGAGAUAGGCUCUCAAGGAGAUGAAGCCACAUGUAUCAGAAUCUUGAAUGAUGACCGACUUCAUACAAGCACACUUCUGCCAGAGUGUCAACUAUGGACAGUUGAUCCCAAGCUAUUACUGGUACGGAAUAAAAACAAUGAGUUCAAGAACUAUGACAUUCCAAUUCUAGCAGAGUAUUUCACUGUUACCAGACACGAAUUCUGGGAUUGUGAGAUUGAAAAUAGCACGAAAAAGUUUUCAAGAAUUGUAACAGAGUUGAUUGGACGAAAACCAAUAAGGAAAGUCGAACAUUAUGAUGGGAUAAGUGUCUGGAAAUAUUCAAUGAAUGGCAAUGAUGAUAGUGUGAAGAUCAGAAGCAUUCACUACUGCAGACCAGAUCAAAUGGACCAAUAUAUUAAAUUUAGUGGAGUAUUACAUCUAAUAAAUCAAGAUGAAAACAGAGAUGAAGCAGACGCCAUUGAAUAUACAGUGGAAUACGAGGCCAAAAAUAAUAAGAUAAAGGACUAUUCUUCUUGAUGUUUUUCGCCCUAAUUGGUAAUAUGCAUGCUACAAUAAAAUAGUAUGAGAAGGAAAUUGAAAGUAAAUUAUCAAUAAAAACAAAUCAAGUGAUUAAUCAUUAAUCUAAACCUUUUCCAAUCGUAUUUGAGAA